GCAUACUGCACCUAUCUCUCCGAAGACCCUCCGCAGACUGCACCUCCAACAGCAGACACAUCCAGCAUCAGGUUGGCAGCGCAGUGUAGAGUUGCUCUUCCCUUCUUCCACACACGGAGUGAAAGGAUAAACCUUCGGAACCUCACGACAAUCUCUUUGAGCACCGCAAUGUCCUUUCAAAAGUUUGCAGAUUCGCUGCCACCAUCGCUAAGCCUGAAGGAUCGCUCUGUGCUCUUGACCGGCAGCUCCAGCGGUAUAGGCAGACAGUGCGCUCUGCACCUGGCACGACAUGGCGCUAGGGUGCUCUGCUGCGAUCUGACCCCUACGCCGGCUCAAGAGAGGGUCGCUCCAGCUCCGUCGGACAAGCCACAUUCUGAUGCUCAGCCAGGUGGCUCGAUCGAUGCCUACACCGUUCCAACGCACGCUUUGAUCAACCAAGCAGGUGGGCGCGCGCAAUUUUUCAAGAUGAAUGUCACGAAGGAAGAGGAUUGGAAAGAGGCUGUAAAGUUGGCCACAGAGCUUGGAGACGGCAGACUUGAUUUGCUCAUAAACAAUGCUGGCAUUGUGCGCUUCUCGGGCGGGCUGCUAAACGAAACGAUGGAAGACUUUGAUGCCACAUUCGCGGUCAACGUUCGAGGACUCUUCAUCGGCACACGCGAAGCGCUAGCUCAGAUGGUCAAGCAGCCUCCUCGCAUCAUGCCCGCGGACCACGAUUUGGACCUGGAUGAAGUGAGCCUGGCCGAGUUGACUGGAGAUGGCCCUCGUCCGCGACCUGCAUUCGAUCAGCAGGAUGCCACACCCGCAACGAGCGGCCGCUUGGAAGGCGACAGGGGCGGUCGCGGAAGUCGUGGCGGUAUCAUCAAUAUCGGUAGUCUACAUGGCAUCAUUGGCGGACCCGGGGAAGCAGCAUACGGCGCCGCCAAAGGUGCUGUCGUCAACUUCACCAGGCAGGUCGCCGGGGACUACGCUUCGCAGCGCAUCAAUAUCAAUUGUAUCUGCCCAGGCUACGUGGAAUCCGCGAUGACUCUCAACGUCCCUCCCGCCCUGUCGGCAAAACGUCCGACGCCGUGGCCUCAUCGCGGAACCGGUCGCGACGUCGCCAAGACGGUAGUCUAUCUCGCGCGUGAUGCACCUUGGCUGACCGGAUCCAUCCUGAUGGUCGAUGGCGGGACGUCUGCGCGAUAGGCGCGCUGCGCACUUUGCUGUCAGGGCGCAUACAAGACUCUUACAAUUUCGAAUGCUUUGUUGCGCCCAGAG